GACAGCUCCAGCUCCGCAUCUGAUGCCCGUUUGCGAUCACAAGAUGCCCUGAACUCCAUCUGGGAUGCAGACUCGAAGGAAGCGCCUCCACCCGGCAUUUGGGAUGGCGACCACGAAAGUGACACUGCGAGAAAGUGUGACCAUCGUUGCCCAGUGGUCGAUGCUGGUAGUGCUCGGCGACCCUACGCUGGAAGUCUGAGUGAUGAUGCUGGUACCUUCAAAAACAAAUGGCGGAGAUUGCCAGAUGGCCCGCUGGAAUCCUUUAUGGAGCCGGAAGCAGCUGUUUCACGCGGUUGCUGGCGUGGUCGUGGCCUCCGCUUGCUGAGUGCAGCACCCUCCUUUGUGGUAAUGCUUUGGAGCCUGAAACUUCCUCCACGCAAGAAAACGGGCUGGACUUGUCGUUUUGCAGUACGGUGUUAA